GCAAUAUACACAUAUCAUCGUUUUCCUUGAACACCUACAGGAUUCAGCGUCGCUGAAGAAGGCUUACAGUUCAUCAUGCAGACCAAGAGCUUGGCAUAUAUUUGACCGUAUGAGUCACUUCACCGGAAAACUCAUGUUCUUCCCAAAAAGCAACUUCAGUCUCAUGAAUUUCUGAGACCAGCGCCCAUCGGAAGCAUACCGUAGCAAUAAACUUUCAGUUCAACAAAUUAGACAAAAGCAUCAUGUCGUCCCCAGAAGAUGUAGCGGAAAAACCAAAACUUCCACAAGAUCUUGUCAAACAACUCACCACUCUCGCGAAAUUCAAAGAUCGGUCUCAUAAAACAUGCCACGAAACACAUCUGCCAAUUCUCAAGAACACAGCAUCCCUCUCAAUCGUUCUCUUCGGCGACUCCAUGAUCGAGCGCUUCCUCACCACCGGAUCAUCCACCCAGACUGCCCAUCUGUCAUCCUCUUUCAACGCUGGCUGCGGCGGUGACAAAAUCUCCAAUGUCAUCUACCGAUUCCUCAUCAUGCUGCCAUACCUCCCGACUGAUAUCAAAGUCUGGGUUUUGAUGAUGGGGACGAACGAUCUGGGGAAAAAGAAAGCGGUGAAAGAUGCCGAUGUCGAGGCGUAUGGCCUGCUCGUGAAUGCACUUUGUGAGGUGACACCACAGAGUAAGGUGCUUAUCUGUGGGCUGUUUGAGAGGAAGGAUGUAUUAGAUGACUGCGUGGGGGAUACAAAUGGGAAGUUGAAAGGUUUGGUGGAGAAGUCGGGACUUGGAGAAAGGGUGGGAUGGUUGGAACCACCAACUUUGAUAAAGGAGGAGCAUUUGGAUGAUCAUGUUCAUCUGAACGAAGUGGGUUACGGGAUUUGGGAAGGUGUGUUAUUCCAAAGGAUCGAGGAGAUGCUAGAAGAAGUAUGAGCAGUGGCCUUGCGUGAAAGACGUGGAUUUCGAAGAAGGGCAAGCGUAGCAUCGUGGUCUGAGGUUUGAGAAGUAAAUACUGCUUUAAAAUACCUUGAAAAUACUUUAAAGAUACUGCAAGGCUGUUCUGAUACUGUGGAUUGUUGUAUCUCUUCAAAAU